AUGACCCUGGAGAGUUUGCAGUCCUUCCUCGGUGCGGACUGUGAGCUUGUGGAAGGCAUCGAGGCUGUCCGCGUGCUCUAUCGACACAGCCGUCGGCGCUCAAGUUCCUUCUCUUGCCCCUCCUUGGAGGGCAAGUGUGCGCCGGGUUCGGGCACCAGCGGCUUCUACACGGUCAUCCUGCUGUGCCGUGACCAGGCAGCGGCUGAUGCCUUGUACAAGGCAAACCAUGGCAGACUCUUCACAGGUCAGGAGCCACAGGGCAGCUGUGCUGGCAAGGCCGAGUCGCGGAACGGCGGGGCGUGUUGCUACUUGGCAUUCCUCGAGGCCAUCGUGUACGACAUCGACCCAUCUCAUGCCGGUACUCAGGUGCAGCCGACGCUGACCAGGGCCGACUCGGAGAAGCAAGAUGCGGCCAUGGCAGCAAAGUGGAGCUCCACCAUUCCCAGCACCGCGUACGAGCUGCCCUCGUGCCCGGUGUGCAUCGAGCGCAUCGACGUCUCUGGCACAGGCAUGGUCACUCACAGCCACGGGUGGAUCUCCGAUGACGCCCAAACUGGGAAGACGUGUCGCCCACCCACCUGCACCGCCUGCGCAGUCAUCGCCCAGCGCGCGUUGGCAGAUCGGCCCAUGCUGGCCUGCACGUGCUGUCCACAAGAGGAGGAUCUCUGGGUUUGCCUCAUCUGUGGUCACCUUGGAUGUGGAAGAUACCAAGAUGCACAUGCGAAGGACCACGCGACCCAACAGCGGCAUCGCUUCUGUUUCCACCUGGCGACUGGUCGCAUCUGGGACUAUGAGUGUGACGUCUUUGUCCACCGCAGGCUGGUGCAGCAAACCGCAGCGUCGGGUGGACUCUACGAGUUGGCACUUCCAGUUCCGGCUAUCAGUGGGGAAGCGACAUCAUCGGGACCCAAGGCUACAUCCUCCACCCACAACGAGCACAUGCUUUCCAUGGAGCUGGACGCGAUUCUGGCUUCCCAGCUAGACUACCAGCGUUCUCUGUAUGAGAUCCAGCUGACAGACCUGCACCAGCAGCACAGCGAAGUAGUGGAAGGGCUCAAAGCAGCCCGUGAGGCCGAAGAACUGCGAGCGAAGUGUUUGCAGGAGGAGGUGGAAGCCGCAGAGAAGCACAAGAAGGUGCUUGAGAAACAGGUUACGGCGGCGCAGCGCAGUUUGGCAGAAGCUCAUGAACAGCUGGGCUUCGUCAAAGAGCUGAACCAAUCCCUCUUGGCCAACCGCCGUGAGAUGGCCAAGGCCGACAGCAAGGGCUAUGCGGAUGGCUCAGAAAUUUGGAGCAGCUUUUGA